AUGCCCAAGCCCACCCCUCAGUCUGCACCGAAAUCUGCGGUAGAAGAGAAUAACUUGAGGAGGGAGAGUGACACUCACGCUACUGAUACUGCUGCUGCUGUUAUCCAGGAUGAGGUUGACUUCUUAGAGAAGCUCUUGUUGAAGGAGGAUGGGGUCGAGGUGGACGUUGGGGCGCUGAGAGAGGAGAUUGAUGUUUUGAGGGGGUUGGUUGGGAAGUUAGAUGGGGGUAAGGAUUGUAGGUAG